AAAAAUUUGCUUAAUCAUAGAGAAUUGUUCUAUUAUUGUAAUUCCAUAAGUCGACGAACAAUUGCAUUCUUAUCGAGAAAGGAUUAGAUAACGUUUAGUGCAGAAAGUACAGUUUUUGUUCGGCAGCAAGCAUCAUGAAAUUUUCAAGCUUUACAAUAAGAAUUUUCGCAAUACUUUUCUGUGUGAAACAAAUUAAUUGCGCGGAGAAAAAUACGAAAGCUAGAUAUCGCAAGAGUUUUAUAAAUCCCUAUCCGAGAUUUAAAGCACACUAUGACAAAGGUGACCCGGGAGAGCCAUUGUUCUUAACUCCUUUGAUAGCAGAUCCUAAAUGGACUAAAGAGAUGAUAAGAAAUAUUUCCAGGGUAAACCAUAAAGAUUUUGAAGAUAUUGAAAGCUAUUCCGGUUACUUGACUGUUGAUCCCAAUUACAAUUCAAAUAUGUUCUUCUGGUAUUUUCCUUCUGAAGAGGAUCCUGCUUAUUCCCCAGUCGUUUUAUGGCUGCAAGGUGGUCCCGGCGCUUCUUCUUUGUUUGGAUUAUUCGCUGAAAAUGGACCUUUCGAAUUUAAUGAAGAUGGCGAAUUGGGGAAACGUAAUUACACCUGGAGUAAGACGCACAAUCUUAUAUACAUAGAUAACCCUGUCGGAACUGGUUUCAGUUUUACCGAUCACGAAGAAGGCUAUGCUCGUAACGAGAAAACUGUGGGUCACAAUCUGCACGAAGCCGUACAACAAUUAUAUGAAAUAUUCGAAUGGAGCGGAAAUUCCGAUUUUUGGAUUGCGGGCGAAUCGUACGCUGGUAAAUACGUUCCAGCUUUAGCGUAUCAUAUUCAUAAGGUGCAAAAUUCAAUUGACACAAGAACUAUUAUUCCUUUAAAAGGGAUGGCCAUAGGAAAUGGCCUUUCCGAUCCUAUCCAUCAAUUGCAGUAUGGUGAUUACUUGUAUCAAUUGGGUUUAAUUGAUGAACAUGGUCUUAUAGAAUUUAACGAAGCUGAGAAAAAAGGAAAAGAUUGCAUAGCCACGCAUAAAAUGGAUUGUGCUUUCGAAGUUUUCGAUAACCUUCUGAAUGGAGACAUGACAAAUGGUUCAUUGUUUCACAAUUUAACUGGUUUCAAUUACUAUUAUAACUAUUUGCGCACUAAAGAAGACAACAGAACUCAUGCGUUGGGCACUUUUUUGCAGUCUUCUACUGUCCGCAAAGCAAUUCACGUUGGAAAUAUGACAUUUCACGACAUCGAUACAAUAAAUAAAGUAGAAAUCCAUCUGAAGGAAGAUAUCAUGGAUACUGUGGCACCUUGGAUUAGUGAGCUCUUGAAUACGUAUAUCGUGUGCAUUUAUAAUGGUCAAUUGGAUAUAAUCGUCGCAUAUCCCUUGACUAGAAAUUAUUUGCAACAUUUGAAGUACAAAGAUGCCAAUUUAUAUAAAAUAGCCACUCGAGAGGUUUGGCGUAUGGAGGAUGGAGAGAUUGCCGGUUACGCUAAACAUGCUGGUAAUCUUAUUGAAAUCAUGGUGCGCAACGCUGGUCACAUGGCUCCCGCAGACCAACCCAAGUGGAUGUAUUUUCUGAUAGAUCAUUUAACGCACUACAAAAAGUUCAAUUAAAAUAAACUUUAAUCCUCCUUUAUGGUUCCUUGCAAAGGAAACUUAUUACCAAA